AUGAUUUUGUCUUCCAAAGAUGGUACGCAUAUGCUGCGGAGAUCAGUUCAGAGCUGGGCACGGAACCAAGCGCUCCGAGAACGGCGCAAAGACAAGUAUGGGGCAAAUGCACCCCAUGACACAUCUGAGGAAUACUACCGCCGCAAUCUGUUCAUUCCAUUCCUUGACCAUAUCACACAAGAAAUGUCUUCAAGGUAAUCUAUAUAAAUUAUCAACCGCUCGGCUGUUUACAUGACGUUAAAUAUUUACAGAUAUAAUGAAUGAUUGUUUAAACAGGCUUAUUCAUCACAGGGUUCUUUUUUUCAGAUUUGGGUCCACUCAGAAGACUGCAGUGCAAUUGCUUGGUCUUAUGCUGAGUGCCAUUGUAGCGGACACAAACGUAGACAUAGCUGAAGUUCUCGAGAUGUAUAUGUCAGAUCUCCGAAGCCCACAGACUCUUGACAUUGAAUAUGAUCGUUGGAUGAGAAAAUGGCAAUCCGAGACGGACAAACUAGACGCGCUUCAAACUGCCUUACAGGUUCGAAGUAACUCAAUUUGUUUAUAUUAAAAUUUUCCUUAGGUUAACAAAUGAUAGCUUUAUUGGUUAUAUUUUCUGUCUAUCUACAGGCUUGUGAUCCCGACAUCUUUCCGAACAUCCACCUGUUGUUGCGAAUUGCAUGUACAAUUCCAGUCAAAUCAGCUAAUAACGAGCACUCAAACAGCACUUUAAAACUGGUCAAGGGCUACCUACAGUGAGUAUUCAUUUUGAAAAGCCUGUCGAUUACGAUGUUCAGAAAUUUGCCGAACAACAACCUCGUAGAAAGUUACUCGUUGAUCCAGUGUUUGAGGAAUCUUAA